CUCCUGUGAUUGCGUGUAAGGUGCCUAGGAUCCAAAUGUGUUCAAUUACGACUUUGGUUCUGUAAGACAUACAUAUAUAUAUAUAGAGAUAUAUAUAUAUAUACAGAUAUAUAUAAAAGUGUACACAUAAUGGCUCAGUUGGCGGCGGCGGCUGUGAAGGUCAUUCGAGCGCUCGGCAUACAGCUCAAAGCCAAUCCGUACGACUACAGUGCACACAUAUCAUAUAUACAUGCGCUAAAGGAGCAUGAAGAUAGGGGUGGAGGUGUAGGGGGGCAAGACGCGCUAGAACAUGCCCGUCAGCACCUUCGUAGUGUCUAUCCUCUCUCAGGGACGCUUUGGGAGGAGUGGAUUAGCGACACUGAAGUAGCGCAACGAGCCAGUAAAUCGCAACCUGGUGAACAGCGGACGGACAAGAUCGCUGGGUUGUACCGAUGUGCGUUCAAGGACUAUCUCAGCGUCAAGCUGCUGCUGAAGUAUUGCAAGUACAUGGCUUCCAAGGUGAACAUGACCUGCACGUCAACAGGAAAUGAAGAGGACGCUCACAACGCUGCUAAUAUUGGGGCAGUGGCGGCGGCCAGAGAGGCGUAUGAGCUGGCACUGGCGCAUGGUGGGCUCCAUGUGAGUCAAGGUAUACACCUGUGGACAUCCUACGUUGAGUUCGAGACGGCUGUAUGUGAUAUGGUGGAAGAGUUAGAAGGCGGCAUGAAUGAGGGGGAGGGUAUAUCUAACGCACCCAGCGGAGGCCAGCGUGUAGUGGUUGAGCAGCAGAAUCGGGUUGCUGAUGUGUACAAGCGUGCUCUGGCGAUUCCUCUGCAGGGUAUGGAAGCCUUGCGCGACAUGCAGCAAGAGUGGUGCGACGACAACGACAGGACCGCCGAUGUAAACACCACUGCCGAGGCCUACACACGCGCACUGACGCUGAGGGAACCUUUAGACGCACUCGAGGGCUGCUUGGAGGCAGCCUUACAGCACGAGGCUAAGCCCAAGGAGGCCACUCAGGACAAGGCAGCCGAGCCAGUGGGGGCGAGUACGGGGGAGAGCAGUGUGGCAGUCUACCAGCGAAUGAUCCAGCACGAAAUUGCCUACGGCGACGACCCUGCUAGGGUUAUAUGUGUCAAUGAACGCGCGAUAGCCGCAAAUCCGCUAAAUAUAGAACUAUGGUUGGCCUAUACGGCCUACGUGGAGAGAAAGCUACCUACCUCUACCGUGCUGUUGGAUCUAUGUGAGCGUUCGACACGCAACUGCGCCUGGAGCUCGUUUCUAUGGCAACGGCGGAUGCGUGCUCUAGAAAGGAAAAACCUGGCAUUUCACGAGAUUGAGGGGGUCUUCCAAGCGGCCUUGUUGUCUGGGUUCCCCACGCCAGAGGAGUAUGUGCAGUUGUGGCUGGCCUUUAUCGACUACCAGCGGAGACGGAUCGCAUGGGCUGAGCUGCAUGCAGAGUGCGACGCAGCACAAGACGACAGCGCACGCGAGAGACUGCGAGAAGACACCGUCUACUCGCUACGAGAGACAUUCCAGAAGGCUUCAGACUACAUCACCGUGCACUUUGGUAAGGCCGUCGGUGACCCCUACGCACAGAUCCCGUUGGGCUGGGCACGGGUGGAGCUGAACGGAGUGCAAAGUGUGGCGCACGCGCGGGCAGUGUUGGAGGCGGCAGCAAAGGACUAUCCCAAGAACGCCAGUGUGUGGCUGGAGUAUGCACGGUUUGAGAUGAAUGAGACCGUGUUCCCUGCGUGUGUGGCCAAGGUCAGGAAGAUCUAUCAAACGGCUACAGAAAAAACCGCUGGCGACUACGCCGUGUGUCAAACCUGGGUGCAGUUUGAGCGCGAGAACGGGACACUCGAGACGUACGACUCGGCCUGUGCGCGCACGGAGAAGGCGAUGGAGAUGGCUCGUAUCAGACAAGAAAAGCAUGACGAGAAAGAGCGGGUCAAAGCACAGCAGCAGAAAGAGAAGGCCGAGAUUGCCCAGCGCGCUACGGCAUCUAAGCUCGCUGACGAGCAGCAGACAAAGGAAGCCAAGCCUGCCUACACGCACGAGGAUGUGUUUGCAGCCACGGAGGAGCACGUCGUGGGGGCAAAAGGACAGAAACACACAUUAGACGGGACCUCGGAAGCGGUGACAGAUCUAAAGCGUCAAAAAACGGAUACGGAAGAAGCUGUUGCCAGCUCUGAGAAGCCAGCGGCGCGUGUUGGUACCACGGUAUUCCUGAGCAACCUGUCAUAUCAAACAGCGGAGCAGGAGAUCACAUCUCUCUUUGAUCCUGAUGCGGACGCUUCAGGUGUGUGGUUGACGCUGCCGUGUCGGGGGUUUGCUCCCUAUCACUCAUGUGGUAGUGACUUGAUUGAUAUUUACUGGCGCAGUAGUUUUACGAGCAGCCGGGAAUAG